GUACGGCGUGCAGCGAGGGUCAUACCACCUGCAGCGAGGAAGAACAGACCCAGAGGCUGCAGAGGGGCUAGUAUCCGUCUCCGAAGGGUUGGUGGUGCUGUCUCCCCGUGCUGUAGCAGGGUCCCCUGCUUCUGUGUCCUUAUUGCUGCCAGGAACCACCUCUUAACGGCCUGGACGCAAGGACUAAGGACGUGCCGCCAUGGAUUUCUCCAAGUUCUUGGCCGACGACUUCGACGUGAAAGAGUGGAUUAAUUCAGCUUUCAGGGCCGGUUCCAAGGAGGCUGCGGCCGGGAAGGCUGACGGCCACGCAGCCACGUUGGUGAUGAAGUUGCAGCUGUUCAUCCAGGAAGUGAACCACGCCGUGGAGGAAACAAGCCACCAGGCCUUGCAGAACAUGCCCAAAGUGCUCCGUGAUAUCGAAGCCCUUAAACAGGAGGCAUCUUUUCUGAAGGAACAAAUGAUUCUUGUCAAAGAGGACAUUAAAAAAUUUGAACAGGACACGUCACAAUCAAUGCAGGUAUUGGUUGAAAUCGACCAGGUCAAGUCCAGAAUGCAGCUUGCUGCUGAAUCCCUUCAGGAAGCAGACAAAUGGAGCACACUGAGUGCUGAUAUUGAGGAGACAUUUAAGACUCAAGACAUAGCUGUGAUUUCUGCCAAGCUAACUGGUAUGCAGAACAGCUUAAUGAUGCUUGUUGAUACACCAGACUACUCAGAAAAAUGUGUACAUUUGGAGGCUUUGAAGAACAGGCUGGAAGCCCUAGCCAGCCCCCAGAUUGUAGCAGCAUUCACUUCUCAGUCUGUAGAUCAGUCCAAAACGUUUGUGAAGGUUUUUACUGAAAUUGACCGGAUGCCGCAGCUCCUUGCAUACUACUACAAAUGUCACAAGGUGCAGCUUUUAUCAGCCUGGCAAGAGCUGUGCCAGACCGAUUUGCCACUGGAGCAGCAGCUCACGGGUCUCUAUGAUGCCCUGCUUGGUGCUUGGCACACACAGAUCCAGUGGACUACACAGGUUUUCAAGAACCCCCAUGAAGUGGUGACAGUGCUGCUGAUUCAGACCCUGGAGGCCCUGGUUCCCUCCCUGCCCAUGUGCCUCAGUGCUGGUGUGGAACGGGCGGGGCCCGAGCUGGAGCUCACCAAGCUGCUGGAGUUCUAUGACACCACUGCUCACUUUGCCAAGGGGCUAGAGAUGGCACUGCUCCCCCACCUACAUGAGCACAACAUGGUGAAAGUUGUGGAACUGGUGGAUGCCGUGUAUAGUCCUUAUAAACCCUACCAGCUGAAAUAUGGUGAUAUGGAGGAGAGCAACCUUCUCAUCCAGAUCAGCGCUGUGCCUUUGGAGCACGGUGAAGUGAUCGACUGUGUGCAGGAGCUGAGCCACUCUGUGAGCAAGCUCUUUGGCCUGGCAUCUGCAGCUGUUGACAGAUGUGCCAGAUUCACCAACGGCCUGGGGACCUGUGGCCUGCUGACAGCCCUGAAGUCUAUCUUUGCCAAGUACGUGUCUGAUUUCACCAACACUCUCCAGUCGAUACGAAAGAAGUGCAAACUGGAUGAUAUUCCUCCCAACUCUCUUUUUCAAGAAGACUGGACAGCUUUUCAGAACUCCAUUAGGAUAAUAGCCACCUGUGGAGAGCUCUUGAGGCACUGUGGAGACUUUGAGCAGCAACUAGCAAACAGGAUUUUGUCCACAGCUGGGAAGUACCUGUCUGACUCCUACAGCCCUCGGAGCCUGGCUGGCUUUCAGGAGAGCAUCUUGACAGACAAGAAGAGCUCUGCCAAGAAUCCAUGGCAGGAAUAUAAUUACCUCCAGAAAGAUAACCCCGCUGAAUAUGCCAGUUUAUUGGAAAUACUUUAUACCCUCAAGGAGAAAGGGUCCAGUAAUCACAACCUGCUGGCUGCUUCCCGGGCUUCCCUGACUCGCCUGAACCAGCAAGCUCACCAGCUGGCUUUCGAUUCAGUUUUCCUGCGCAUCAAGCAGCAGCUGCUACUUGUUUCCAAAAUGGAUAGCUGGAACACAGCCGGCAUUGGAGAAACCCUGACCGAAGAACUGCCUGCCUUCAGUCUCACUCCUCUGGAGUACAUCAGCAAUAUUGGGCAGUACAUCAUGUCCCUGCCCCUGAAUCUUGAGCCAUUUGUGACUCAGGAGGACUCUGCUUUAGAGUUGGCCUUGCAUGCUGGAAAGCUGCCAUUUCCUCCUGAGCAAGGGGAUGAGCUGCCUGAGUUGGACAAUAUGGCUGACAACUGGCUGGGCUCAAUUGCCAGAGCCACGAUGCAAACGUACUGCGAUGUGAUUCUCCAGAUCCCGGAGCUGACCCCACACUCUACCAAGCAGCUGGCCACAGAUAUUGGAGACCUUCGGGGCUUCACCCAGCAUGCUGCUGAGUCUGCUUCCUCCACACCCUUCAGACUAUCUCAUCAACGUGAUGGAUGCCUUGGGCCUGCAGCCAUCCCGCACGCUCCAGAACAUUGUGACGCUCUUGAAGGCCAAGCCUGAGGAUUACAGGCAGCUCAGCAAAGGCCUGCCACGCCGCCUCGCCACCACAGUGGCUGCCAUGAGGGGUGUGAAUUACUAACUGAGAAGAGGGUCAGGGCUGGUGCCCUGCAGCUGUGGUGACUCCAGAAUGGACUCCAUCUCAACAGCCGCCAACGACUCAGUAGAGUUUGCUCUAAAAGACUUGGAUUUUUCUGUACAGUCAAAGCAAUAUUAUAAACAAGAGGUAUGUGACUUAUUAGAAAAGACUUUUCAGGUGAUUUUUUAAAAAAAUGACUUCAUCCUUAAGGCAGAAUUAAACACAGAAAUGAAAGAA